AUGACACGGUGCGAGGAGCAGUGCACCGUCCAGAACUUUCGAAAAUCUCCACUGGGUGGAGACGUCAAACCAGGAAUACUUGAUGGACCCCCGCCCCUUUACCAGACCAAGGCCAUGGUCCGGCUGAUGGUGGACAGUGGCUGGAGCUGGGUGGGUGUGGUCAUCACCGACAACGACUACGGACACUCGGCUCUCGACGCCCUUUUGGCUCAGACCUCAGAGAGAGGGAUUUGCGUGGCCUUCAAGGUGACCAUCCCCAACUUGCUGAGCGACCCUGACUACUCCUCAGCUGUGACGAGGGUCGCCAACGUCAUCCUGACAAACCCCCGCGUCAAGGUGGUGGUGGCGUUUGUGACGUCCACUCACAUGGAGUUCCUCUUACCGAAGUUGAAGGCCCUGGAGGAUAAGCAGAAGGAGUCAGCCUCAGGAGGAAGGGUGUGGCUGGCCAGCGACGGCUGGUCGUCAACUCCCGAAGUGGCAAGAAACCUGGAUCUGAAGAGCAUCGGGCAGGUAGUAGGCUUCACAUUUAAAAGUAGCAACCUGGAGUCCUACCGCAAGUAUCUGCAGAGACUGAAUGAGACCAAGGAGGAGGAGAGAAGACAUAACCCCUUCCUGGAUGAGAUCCUGGAGAAUGGAGAGCUGGACCUGGAAGAGCUGGGUAAGAAGAGCCAGGAUGAGACGGUGUUCAGCGUGGAGUUGGCUGUGAGGGCUCUGGCCCAGGCCGUGAUCGGAGUCUGCAGCAGCAGGAACUGCACCCAGAAAAGCAUUGAGCCGUGGGAGGUCCUGAGAGCUUUAAAGCAGGGCUUUGAAUUUGAGCAGGAUGGGGAAACUUAUUGUUUUGAGGAGAAUGGAGAAAUCAACCUGGGCUAUGAAGUCACUCUCUGGAAUUCUAAGGAGGGGAAGGUGCAAGUGGGCGACAUUGUGGCAGAGUACCACCCUGUGAACGACAGCUUCACACACACCAUCCUGCCCCUCGCUGCUUACCUCACAGACCUGAAGGAAGUAGUGUCCAGGUGCUCAGAGAGCUGUCUUCCUGGUCAGAGGAAGCAGACGUUUGAAGGACAGCAACACACCUGCUGUCACAAGUGCAUCAACUGUACGGAGAACCACUACUCCAACAGCACAGACAUGGACCACUGCCUUUCCUGUGACACAGACAGAGAGUGGUCUGAGAAGGGCAGCUCCAGGUGCACCCCUAAAACCCUGGAGUAUUUCUCCUGGGACGAUGGCUUUGCGGUGGUCUUACUAACGCUGGCCGCCCUGGGCAUCCUCCUGUCCCUCCUGGUGGGGGCGCUGUUCCUGCACCAGCGCCAAACCCCCGUGGUGAAGGCGGCAGGCGGGGGGCUGUGCCAGGUCAUCCUGCUGUCUCUGAUUGGUAGUUUCAUCAGCACCAUGGUGUUCGUGGGCAAGCCCAGCGACCUGACCUGCAAGGUUCGCCAGGUGCUGUUCGGCCUGAGCUUCACGCUGUGCGUCUCCUGCAUCCUGGUCAAGUCGCUGAAGAUCCUGCUGGCGUUCCAGUUCAACCCGGCGCUGGGGCGGGUGUUUCGCCGCCUCUACCAGCCCCACAUCAUUGUCUGUGGUUGCCUCACCCUGCAGCUCCUCACCUGCCUCCUCUGGCUCCUCCUCUCGAGCAGCCCCCGAGAGAAGCUGUCCUUCCAUCCCACCUCGAUGCUGGCCGAGUGCGACGAAGGCUCCUAUGUGGCGUUCGGCGUGAUGCUGUCUUACAUCGCCGUCCUGGCGCUGGUCUGCUUCUUCUGCGCCUUCAAGGGCCGCAAGCUGCCCCAGAAGUACAACGAGGCCAAGUUCAUCACCUUGGGCAUGCUCUUGUACCUCAUCUCCUGGGCGAUCUUCGUCCCUGUGUACAUCACCACAUCUGGGAAGUACCUGCCGGCGGUGGAGAUGGGGGUCAUCCUCAUCUCCUCCUACGGAAUCCUUGGCUGUCACUUCCUGCCCAAGUGCUACAUCAUCCUGUUCCGGAAGGAGCACAACACCAAGGACGCUUUCAUCCAGGACGUGCACAACUACGCCUUCCGGGACCAGAACACUGUGUCCGCCUGUGAGUGCGAUUUACCAGAGGACAAACGCACAGGUCCUCCUUUCACCAUCAGCGUGCCCUCGAUGUCCCUGCCCCAACCACACAUACUGGCGGCACCACACCAGGUCCCAGCAGGGAGCAAGGGAUACUUGAACAGGCAUGCACGUCUCAGGAGAUGCACCAGCACCUGA